AUGACGACAGAGAAAAUGGAUAGUGAUGCAGAUGCUCACUCAGAAAUAGAUUUUGGAGCCAAGAGAAAGUUAAAUGAGAUAGAUGAGAAUAUUGACCGAAGGGAAUAUAAGAAACAAACGAUAAAUGAGAUAGAAACCGGAGAGAAAACUUUUGAUAAAGAUGGAUAUUCUGAGAAUUGCAAGGGUCCUUACCAAGUAUGGAUUAAAAAUCUUAGUCCAUCAAAUAAAUUCUUUAAUAUUUAUAAAGUGGGAAAGAUAGUAGUAAAGUACUACAAAACAGUGCAAGAAGUAAAAAAGGACGGACGCUUUAGAGGUAUUAUAGUUUUCAAUGACAGAGAGGAAGCUAAUAAAGCAUUGGAGGAUACAAUUUUCAAGGAUAAUGAUAUGACUACAUUUGUCCCAGGAUUCAAAAAAAUGAGAAAAGGAGUCUUGAGAGGCAUCCCAAUAGAUCUUUCAACAGAUGAUUUGAAAACGGAGAUCAUGUCUUCUCUGGAGGUUAUAAAUGUUAGUAGAAUGAACAGAAAGAAUCCUAACAGUACAAACGAUGAUGAUAAAUGGAUACCAACUACAUCAGUAAUGGUCACCUUUAAAGGAGAUUUUCUUUCUAAAGAAGUUAGUAUUUGCCUUGUUAAAACCAAAGUUGAUCCGUACGUAAGAAGACCUAUGCAGUGCUAUAAUUGUUUUAAAUUUGGCCAUAUGGCUAAAACCUGCAGAAACCAGAAACGUUGUUCUAUGUGUGGAGAGUUACACCAUGAUGAGGGUUGCUCAGGUGUAACCCCCAGAUGCGCAAACUGCAAGGGUAGUCACAAAUCUAUUGACAGCAGAUGUCAAAUCUAUGAAAAGAAUAAAUUGCUAUGCGAAAGAAUGGCUUAUGACAAUUUGUCAUACGCUGAAGCUCAUGCACGGAUUUUUGGUAAAUCCAAUGCUCCAAGACUGAAUAGACUAGACUUUCCUAAUCUGAGAAAUAGAACAAAUAAAGAACCAGAAGUAUUCAACAAUCAGACACAAUUACAAGAUGGGAAUCAGAAUGCAUCCCAGAUUCAACCCAAGGAUAAUAUGGGACAAAACAUACUCUCACCAACAAUAACAACAAAAUCGACUUCGACAACGAUGCCAGUAAGGAAUUAUUCAAGAAUGAAUGCACAGCAAUUCUUCUACACGAACAACAAUACCAAUACCAACAGCCAAACGAGUACACAACUGAAGGGAGAAAAAGAAAAGGACAAACCAGCCAACCUACCAUCUACAAAUCAGCCUUUGAGAAAUUCACUACAAACAUCACAGACAACGCUAUCUCGAAUGAGUACUACGAAGAAACUACAUGCUAGGUUAAGUAAUAGUACAAAUAAUCUUAAGCCCCUAAAUAAAAAAUCAUCUUCACAAAACCAAAAAACCUAA